AUGGAGGCUACGGAACCUACCCACUCUAUCCCGCCUGCCAGGGACCAGUCAGCUCCUGCGCCUGGUGUCCUAGGGGGCCUCGGUGGGCAGGCCUCACCUCGCCUGACCCUGGGACGGGUCACCCUGCCACCAGAGCAGGGUCUGCCCCGAACUGUCUUCCUGAAGGCCUUGCCUGUCCCACUGUACCACACAGUAUCCCCUGGGGGCCUCCAGCCACACGCACCCCGGGUGGCAGGAAGCCUGGAGGGGGCCGGUGUACCCUUCAUCCUCAGCCCCUUGCUGCAGCCUGACGCGCCCAGUCCCACCCAGAUGGGCAAGCCAGCCACCCCGGCCCUAACCGUGAACAUCGUGGGCACACUUCCUGUACUCUCCCCGGGCGUGGGGUCCACACUGGUCAGCACAGGCAGGGUGAAGAACGCUGGUAAAUACCUAUGCCCGCACUGUGGCCGGGACUGCUUGAAACCCAGCGUGCUGGAGAAACACAUCCGAUCCCACACAGGGGAGAGGCCUUUCCCGUGCACCACCUGUGGCAUCGCCUUUAAGACCCAGAGCAACCUAUAUAAACACAGGCGGACGCAGACACAUCUCAACAACUCUCGGCUGUCCUUGGAGUCUGAGGGGGGUGGCAGCAGCCUUCUGGAGGAGGGCGACAGGCCUGGAGAGACUGCCUCAGUGGAUAGCCGGGGAGACGAAGGAACUCCCGAGAACCCUCUUUCCCCGGGUACCCAUGCUACCCUUGCUGCUAGGAACAGGGAGACCCCUGAGGAUCAGGCCCAUACGACGUCGCCCGAGUUUCCACUAGCCAGCCCGCAGCCUAGGCGGAAGGUGCCAGAACCAAAGCCACCCUCCUUGCAGAGACAGCAGGAGACAUGCUCAGAGAAGCCAUGGGACUCCAAGGCCUUGGAGGGCCCGCUGAGAAAGUGCGAAAGUACAGAUUCGGGCUACCUGUCGCGCUCGGACAGCGUGGAGCAGCCUCCCGCUGCCUCGAGCCCCUUGCACAGCCUGUCGGAGCACAGUGCAGAGUCUGAGGGGGAAGGAGGUCCUGGCUGUGGGUCUGCAGGCAACAAAGCAGAACAGGGAACACCGGGCGCCAGCCUAGAGCUAGAGAAGAAGAGACUGGAGGAACGCAUUGCCCAGCUCAUCUCCCAUAACCAGGCAGUGGUAGACGACCCCCAACUGGACCACGUGCGACCCCGCAAGACUGUGCUGUCCAAACAGGGCAGCAUUGACCUGCCCAUGCCAUAUACCUACAAGGAUUCCUUCCAGUUUGACAUCCGGGCACUGGACCCCAGCCGCAGGAGGGCCGCCCUUAGCCCAGCCCACUCUACCUUCACACCCUUGCAGAAGACCAGACCCCUCUUCUUCCACUCUGUUCCCACACAGCUCUCUACCACCGUGGAGUGUGUCCCUGUCACCAGAAGCAACUCACUGCCUUUCAUUGAGGGUUCCAAGUUGUGGCCAGAGCCACGGGACCCACAGGAUGCCUUUCCCAGUAUUCAGAAAGCCUUGAGUCCCAGGCUGACCCCUGCCCGGCUGGGAGACUGCCCAGGACUGACCUUGACAAGCAUCCCCAGUGGUCACCCUCGGGCCCUGGUGAGACAGGCUGCUGUGGAGGACCUGCCAUGCACCCCUACCGGGGACCCUUCAGCUAUUGCCGAGGACCUAGAUGGAAAGAGAGCCGCGGUAAAGGAUGGGGCGCUGUGCAAGGGCAGAGCCAGUAAGAGGUAUGGCCAGAAGAAGCAAAAGAUGUUCUCCCAGGAGAAAUGGCAGGUGUAUGGGAAUGAGACCUUCAAGAGAAUAUACCAGAAAAUGAAGACCAACCAGCAGGAAGGACAGAAACUCAGGGAGGUGAAGCAGAGCCAGGGGUUGGAACUGGACCUGCCUCCCCAGGAAGAGGUAGUAGGGACUGCGGGUGAAGGCCUCUCUCAAGACAAUAAGAUCCCCAUCCUUGGGGACACUGCAGCAGGGGCUAAGCUAGGAUCGUGGGGAAAUCGGGCAUCUCUGGAGGACUCUUCGGAGUUUCCCAAGCAACUGAAGGCAGUGGCCAGAGCCAAGUCAUCUCCUACCCUUGGCAGCACAGAAACUCUCUGUCUGAGCAGCAAGAGCCCUCUGCUCCCUCCACGCAGGAAAUCGGACCUGGGAUGCCAGCUGCCUCCAGAACCCGCACCCGUCCAAGGAAAAGACUUAGAAGCCCCUGAGUUGGCUUUGCCAGACUCCAGUCAUGAGGUUAUAAACGACACCUGCCCUGGGGACCAAACCGUCCUCAGACAGCCCAGCGGUAUGUCUGAGGGUCCCCAGCCUGCAGAAGACAAGUUACCCUUGGAGAGAAAGAGACUGAAGAUGGAAAGGCUGGGCCAUCCGGAGCAGCCGAGGCCUCUGGAAGCUGAGACCCCAGGCUGUUCUGUGCGGGCUGUUUCCCAGCUAGCCCAGAAACAAGACAGUAACUCUGAGGAAGUUGUGAGCAGCUCAAAUGACAUUAUCCAGCACGUGACCGUGGCUCUGGAGUCCUGUGGUGCCUCCUCAGCAGUUUCUGCUAUUGUCCUGAGAUGGCCCGGGCUAGGGGACAAGGAUCCCACGUUGCCUUCUGUACCUAGGACUCCCGAGCUCCACUCUCUGCUGCUGCCCGCCCAGCCCCGGGAUCCUGGUGUCCCUGAUGCUGUAUCAGGUGGGUCCUAUGCUCCCAGGUACCUCCUCAGGCUGCCUCAGGGAGAGACCCCCUCAACACAUGUUGCUCCAGGGCCCGGGAAAGGCCGAGAUUCUCUGUGUACAAGGGCACCGCCUGGAGAACAGCUGCUUCUUGCUGGAUCAGAGCUGGGAAUGCUCCAGCCACCUGGUGAGGCGGGUGGUCCCCCAGAGGACCCUAGCUGUUCCAAGCCAAAGGACGGAAGAGAAGAGGCACAGAUGGGAAGACAGAAACAAGACAGGACCAACAGCAGCGCCCCCAUGGCUGAGCACUGUCCUGACCCCAACACCGGCACCACCCAGGAGACAGCCUCCGUUCCACCUGCUCACCCAUGUGGCAGUCACAUGACCCGGGAUGCCGUGGGCGAGGACCGUGCCCCCCAUGGCCUCUGCACAGACAGCGCACCCACAAGAGCUAGAACGUAUGGGAAUCUCUUGAACCCUUGGACAUCAUCCCGGAAGCUGGGCACGCCUAAGAUUGCCCUGGAAGGUCCUGCUUCAGAGACCGAGGAAGGGCUGCCUGCCUGCUUUCCCUCCCAAGCACAUUAUCUCCUCACACCGUUCACAAGGCCCCAAGGGUCCGUAGGCCCGCAGAAACUGGCCUUGUCAUGCCACGUAGGGCCCCCCAGGAGCUCCGAGGCCCCAAGCUCCUUCCCCUCCCUUAAGGCUGAACCCCAGCUGACAUGGUGUUGCUUGAGUUGCAGCUUGCCUCUGCCUGCGGAGCAGCAGAGGGCAGCUCCUGGGCGCCUGGCUUCAUAUGCCCCUGAUAGAAGCCUCCAGGCAGCACCCAAGAGCAGUGGAGGAAAGGCCAGGACAAGCCACGGAGGAAGAGGAGGAGCAGGGACUGCAAAGGCGCCUGAGCUUCCCUACCCAACAGUCUCAGGGACAAAAGCCCAGGAUCAGGUGUCCAGUCCACAGAGGAAGAAAGGACUGUGCCAUAGGAGGGUGAAGAUAUCUCAUGAGAACAGCAAGCAGAAGAAACUGAGGCUUCAUUCCAAGAGAUAUGAAGGAAGCUUCUGGCAGAGAGCCAAACGACUGUGCAAGCCACCCUGGUUGCCAAGAAGAAGCUGUCCCCCACACCGACUUGAGGGGUUGGAGCCCCGAGGGACCCUUGGGAAGGUUUCAUCAGAAGUGGCAGGUCUAAGUCUGCAAGGAGAGCUGUCUUGUGCCAGCACAGACUUGCCAGCUGGUCAUGGGAACAAAGAAAGGGAAGGUGACUGCCGGCAGACUUCAGAGCCCAGCUCCCCUGGCACAAGCUCAAAACUCAUCAUGGAAAGAAACACGUUGACUCUGGAGGAGGUUUCUCUAUCUGCUGGUGAGCAUAAUGACUGUUUUCCGGAGAAGGAGCAUGCCAAUGGGCCAGGGCUGUCUCUGCAAGCCAAUGCAUACUUGGCAGGGUUUCAGGAAGGUCCUCUGCCCCAGAGCAAGGGUUUUGGUGUUGGACCCCCAGGGACUUUGCUGCCGCCUUCCCAGGAUCCAGUCUCCACAGUUCCCAACCCAUGUAUCUCCCCAGGUGUUUCAGAGCCACCUCCAUCCUUUAGAUCUAAAGGAACAUUUCCCCACCAUGACAUUGCUACCUCUGUGGCUGCCACCUGUGUUUCUGCCGGGACACAAACAGAACACAAAACACUGGGGAUUCAUAGUGCAGAGGAGACUCGGUCACAGGGCUCCCCAGAUAGAAGAGCCAUACCAGAAAGCAUAGCACAGACGCUUCUGCCAGCGAGACCUUCACCUGGCAAACGAUCGCCUGGAAAAAAACAUUUAGAAAUACUGCAGUCAGACCUAAGUCCAACCGCUUCACACCAGGAGGAAAUGAGACCCCAGACAGAUUUUCCUUCCUGGGGCCAAUACAGCCAUGGGGAAGUGGCCGUCCAGUGUGCUCCUUCAGGAAGUGAGAGUCGGACAUGUCACAAUGAAGGAUUAAUUAACCCCACCAGUGUCAUGGCUCCUUCUGACCAAGGAGACACAGAAGUUUCUGAAGCCCCCUUGAGAUCUAUCCGCAAGCGGAGUCUGGAAGGAACGAGAAAGCAGAUCCGGGUAGAGUUCAGCGACACCAGCAGUGAUGAUGAAGACAGACUGGUCAUAGAGAUGUGAUACGCUUCCAGGGAAAGGCGGUGGCCAUGGCCAAGGACUUGGAAUCUUCUGGGCUAGCAUUACCAUGUGCGAUGGGUGCCGAACUCUCUCAAACCUCCACAGACUCUGAAAGCCAUCUGAGAUUCCGUCAAGCCAGCUCUAACCAAUGCCGUGCCCAGAUCCAGCCACACCUUCCUCUAGCUUCUUUCAGAUGGACCUUGUACUCUUCCACAUCCACUUGGAAGUGCCAAGGUGGCUACAAGUGCAGUCUCAAGCCGUUUGGUGCACACAGCUCCAACUGGACGCAGUAAUAAGCCUCACCCAGGAAAAUGACACUAGCCGGAAGAGCCAUAUGUGACAUUGCUCUUGACAAGUGAGAUCCCACAGGGUCAAGCACCUGACACUUCCGUCACGAAGUGAAAAAUGCCAGGCACACUUGGGGUACCUGGGGUGGCUGGGGUGGCUGGCGGA